UCGUUAUCAACAUUCAAACAGUAGCGGAGAGAAAGGAGCAAACCAGAACGGAAUUACUUGUAAACAUCUGUAUCCGAACAUCUACAGACCUACUAUAUUUUCGAAGCAUUUCAUGGGAAUAUUUUUUAUAGUCUACGCACUACAGUUUACGUCUGAUUUUAAAGUCCUGUGUAGGAUUUUGCUCAUCCCGAAAUCAUUCUUCGGAUGUUAUUUGUCACCCAAAAAUUUAUAAAAAAGUAUUUGGCAAAAAUGCGUCUGAUCCAGAACAUGUCGACCAUCGCCGAGUGCGCGGGGCAUGAGUUUCCGUCAAAUCGCGUCAUGAAAAUAGCCGUGAUUGGAGGCAGUGGAGUUGGGAAAACAGCUCUGGUUGUGAGAUUCCUGACCAAGCGUUUCAUCGGGGAUUACGAGCGAAAUGCUGGUAAUCUUUACUCCAGAGAGGUUCAGGUGGACGGGCAGCAAGUGGCUAUCCAGGUCCAAGACACUCCGGGUGUUGAUGUGAGUUUUAAAUACGUCUUCUUCUGCUAAAGCCUAUUCAGACACAGACAUCGUCAUUGGACUUUCACUGCUUCUGAGCCUGAGAAAUAAUUGGAGUUUGAAGAGACUCUGGUCUGGAAGUCUGGUUUUUAUUGUUGCAACUAAGGAUUUACGGUCGGGGUUGCGUGUAAAUCGGUCCGAGAGUCUCGGCAUAUAGUUACCACGGGGAUGUGAAUGCGUUUUGGCCGGUGAACCGAGCGCAGCUUCUCCGUCUCUUGGCAGCGAUCCACAGACUGUGCUCUCGCGCAGUCACUCAG